AACACAUAGGACGAGAUAAACCGCGUAGGAUAUGUCAUCGAUAGAUGAAUUCGUGCACUCUUCCGCAUGGCUUAUCAAGGUGUCGGGGGCGCAGCGCGGGCGCGAGCGGCAUGCGGCCCUGGCAGCAGACACCCAUGGAGGUCGGCUAGCGGCGCGCGCGCAGCCCCCGCGCCCGCAACCCCCGCCCCGCCCCGCAGACAACAUGGAACUCGCCGACGUGCCUCGACACCGACCCCUGGCCUUCGAUAAGAUGGAAAGUUUGAUAAAAGAAAUGCAAGAUCCAGAAACGGGUGUACCAGUACGAAGUCAAAAACUUUUUCUUAGUGUCAUACCGUCUGCUUUUAUGGGUUAUGAUCUUGUCGAAUGGCUAAUGGAACGGUUUAAUCUCGAUGAAACAAGCAACGGUGAGUGUUUUAUAAGCGGCGUUGGAGCUUGGAUAUUCUCUCGGCGGCGAAACCCAGUAGAGUCUAGCCAUAGCGAGUUCCCACAAGCGUUGAUAUUUGAAGCAAUAAACUUAGCCAAUCAACUCUGCCAAUAUGGUUACUUCUUCCCCGUCAACGAUUUGAAAAACCUUGUGUUAAAAGAUGACUCAUCUCUUUAUAGAUUUCAAAGUCCAUACUACUGGCCAUGGCAAGCGCCUCGGGUGGCCGGCAGUGGAUCCAGUGCCCCAACCCUGGGCCCCGACAACGUGGAAUAUGCCAUAUACCUGGUCAAACGCACACUACGGAACAAGCAACGCCACGGGCUCGAGGAGUACGAGCAGGAGACGCUCGCCAACCUCAAGAAGAAUCUCGCCGCUAAAUGGGACUUUAUCACCAUGCAAGCUGAGGAACAGGUGCGUCUGGCGAAAGAGCGCAAAAAGGGCGAUAAGAUAGUGUCGGACAGCCAAGAGCGAGCGUACUGGCGAGUAGCCCGUCCUCCACCAGGGGUCGCUAGUGCGCUCGAGCCGUGCCCUGUGCCGGUGCGCGUGCGCCAUCCGCGACCGAAGCGCCGCACCAUCCACCACCUGACCAGAGAGAUCGAACAUCUAAAAGUGAGCCUGGACCGCACGCGAGUGAAGACUUCAAUUGCCCUAGAGGCCCUCGUGGCCUACUCGGAGACCUUCGCUCCCUACGAUCCCUGGCUCACCCCGCCGCAGCCCUCCAACCCUUGGGUUAGCGACGACACCCUCUUUUGGCAAAUUAACAGCCCUCUAGUGGAAGUUCCGAGUGAAAAACGCGUGCAGCGAUGGGCGCUAUCCAUCGAGGAGCUGGUGUCAGACCCCACGGGUCUGCAAGAGUUCACCAGCUUCCUCCGCAAGGAGUAUUCGCACGAGAACAUCCGCUUCUGGCUGGCAGUUAUGGACUUACGACGAAGCAGCACCAAGCAAAUACCCAAGAAACUUGAGGAAAUCUACGAAGAGUUCCUGAAGCCCGGCGCGCCUUGCGAAAUCAACAUCGAUGGCGCGACGGCGGAACGCGUGAACGAGGGCCUACGUUCAGGCUCGCGAUAUGCCCUCGAUCACGCCGCGGACCACGUGUAUGGACUGCUAUUAAAGAAGGACUGCUACCCACGAUUCGUGCGCUCCGACCACUUUCAGCGACUUCUGACUGAGGGUCGGAACGUGCACCAAAAGAAAGCCAAGUUCUUCAACUUCGGCGGGCAAGUGAAGAAGAAGCCGGGCUCGACGAGCGGCUCGGGCAGCGGCUCUGCGCUGACGCGGCGCCGUGGCUCCGACCGCUCGCUGUCGGGCUCUGCGCACGAGUUGGCUGUGUGUGCGGCACAGCCACCACGCGCGCCCGAACCGCCACCUCAUAGCCAUUCGCAGUCCAAUCUCGCUGACAUACCCUUUAGGGAUCCUCUCGACGACGACACGGCGGACGUUCUGCCGUGGGAGAGUUCGUCCCGGGAGGGUAUGUGCAGCGUGCCUGGGCGGCGAAGGCAGGACUCCACUGCUGACUCUGGCAGCUCAUCGUCUGACGUCAGCGCUGCUGUCGCGGUGGCAGAAAGGACGCGGCGUUUACCGCAGCAGAGCACGUUAGACGGAGGUCUCCGAGGCGCGCCGCCACCGCUCCGGCGGCUGUCGGCUGUAGAACCGCGCCACCUCGCGCCGCUGGGGUCGCCGCCGCACGAACCGAAGCCAAUAGAGCGACCACGGCCGGCGCCGCCGCCCGCGUGCGCGGCGGUAGCGGUGGCGCACCCCACGCCGACCAUCAGCGUGAGCUCGGCGCCCGACGACGAGUCCGCGGGCUCGGGCGCCGCGUCGCCCGACGAGCCGCGCUCGCAGCCCGCCUCCGACGACCCGCCCUCGGUGUUCGCCUCCGCCGACGCCACGCCCACCGACCCCUCGCGCUCCCUCCACGACCGAACCGAACCGCGAGUGGAAGUGACCGUGGACAGUGCGAGUGAACUCUUGAUAGGACAAACCACGAGUCCGGCCUCAAGUAAAGAUAGUCAAAUCGCCGAUCUUCCAUGCCCCGCCGCGGAGUCGAGCGAGGCCUCGGAGCCGCCGGAGCCGCCGCCGGCCGCCGCGCCGCCGGUCGCCGGGCCGCCGGUCGCCGGGCCGCCGGCCGCCGCGCCGCCGGCCGCCGCGCCGCCGGCCGCGCCGGUCGCGCCGCUCGCCGUCUGCGAGGACAUCGGCGUCGACGACGACAACGUAGACAAAGUGCCUUCGGCGCCCAUGCAGCGGGUCUCGGCUCCCGAGGCGGCAUCCGAGUCGGACGCGAGAAAUAUUGCUCACAAAGACGAACUGUCGUCGGUCUCUGAAUCAAAUAUUGUUAAGCGUGAUAAUAAAAGCGUCAUCGGCGAGCGUAAGCGGAACGACAUAUGUCCGUGGGAGGACGAGAAUUCCUGUGAGAGUGAUGCUCCAUUUGUUAAAACUUAUGCAACGCUGGGUUAUUUAUAAUUUUUGUAGACGAAUAUCAAUAAUAUUUUAUGAUGUCAGGGUUAUAGAAAGAAUAAUAUUUAAUUUUUUAUCUUAGACUCUUUGUUUUUAAUUAUCACAGAGUUAGGCCAUUAUUAUGUAAUUAUAUGAAUAUUUUAAAGUAAAUGAUCGUUAAUUAUUAGAAA